GCCGCAACGACACAUCUAUCACCAACUAUCACUGCCGGUCCGGAUCGUUUCUCGGAUCCUCACUUUCACCUGGAUACUUCUCCUGGCCGGACAGCACACAGCAUGUCCACCGAGAUCGACCGCGACACGAACGGGCACGCGGCCGUUGAGCCCGCCGCUCCCAAUGGAUCACUUCCCAGCAGUCCGACCAACGAUAGCGCGCGACCUGGUACCAGCGGCGACGCGUCGCAUGGCGGGGGCGGCGUGUAUGAUAAGCGAGUGGAGGAUGUCAUGUACUCUGAUAUUGGCGUCAACACACUCUUGAACCGACUCAAACAGAGCAUCGCCUCGGCGCGCGACUUUGCCCAGUUCUUGAAGAAACGAUCUACACUAGAAGAAGACCAGGCGAAAGGACUGAAGCGAUUGACCCAGACCCAGCUGGAUAAUGUUCGAAGAGCCGAUGUUCGAAGUGGGACAUAUGCCCAACAGCUCACCGAAGUCCUGCGCAUCCAUGACCGCAUGGCAGAUAAUGGAAUGCAGUUCGCCUUGUCGCUGCACCAGAUGCAUGAGGACCUAGAUGUGCUGAGCGCAAACAUGGAGCGCGGGAGAAAGCAAGGCAAGCAUGAAGGUCUCGCUGCCGAGAAAAAUGUCAGCGACCUGGAGGCCGCCAUGCAGAAAGCCAAAGCCAAGUAUGAGAGUUUCGCGGAAGAUUACGACAAGGCGCGGACGGGAGACACCAGAGCAGGCCGUAGACUGGGUAUCAAGGGACCCAAGAGCGCAGAGCAGCACGAGCAAGACCUGCUACGAAAGACGCAGGCUGCCGAGGCCGAGUACCGCGCCAAAGUGGACGAGGCGAGAACUGCGAGGGAAGAUCUGAUCAGGAAUCAACGUCCAAAAUUUGUGAAGGAGCUGGAGAAAUACAUCAAAGAGUGCGAUAGCGCCUUGACACUGCAGCUGCAAAAGUUCGCCACAUUCAACGAGAAGCUCCUGCUUGGGAAUGGUCUUCUGGUACAGCCACUCUCCGAUGCUUCCAACAUGCAGCGCAGCUUGCGCGAUCUGGUCCUGGACAUCGACAACGAACGCGACUUCAACUCCAACAUUGGCGCCGAGCAUCAUAAGAUACCUGCUCGCACGCAUGAGCUGGUAUUCGAGAAGAGUCGAGUUUUGGAGCCUAAGUCGCAACCGUUGCAGAAACCCACUUUGGCGCCACAGACUCCUGCAUCUUCACAGCCUUCGCUGAGUGUCAAUACAGGCACGUCCCAACCUGGUUCGAGCACAAGUCGUCUGGGUGGCGCUCCGCAACAAUCCUCCUUCGCCGGUCCAACAUCAUCCUUCGCUGGGCCCGCUUCUGCUGGUCCUCACAAUCAAUCCCCUGCUCCCAUGUCUGGCAGUAUGCCUUCAUCGGAUCCAUUCCGCGCAGCUUCACCUCCAUUCUCCGGAAACAACAAUUCUUCACCAUACAAUCCAUCGACAGCACCACUUCGCGACACAUACAACAGUACACCGCCGUAUCCUACACAUCCCAAUGAAAGAGCUCCACCUGGUUACAGUGGCAACACACCGAUCCAGUCUACAGGGGUCAUUUCCAAUUCACCCCAUGUCGCUCCCGCACCACAGUUCCAGCCUUCGCCGACAGCACUCAGUGCAGGUGGUCGCGGCAGAGUAUUUGGUGUGUCUCUGGAAGACCUCUUCGCUCGUGAUCAGUCUGCUGUCCCCAUCAUCGUCUUUCAAUGCAUACAAGCCGUCGACCUGUUCGGUCUCGACGUGGAAGGCAUCUAUCGACAAAACGGAAACAUUGGCCAAGUCAAUCGCCUCAGACAUAUGUUCGAUACACUUCAGCCUAACGAUCCCCAACUGGAUUUCCGCAACCCCUCGAACUUUGGUCACGAUGUGACAGCUGUCACCAGUCUGCUCAAAGGCUUCUUCAGAGAGCUUCCUGACCCUCUCUUCCCCAAGGAUGGGUACACCAACUUUAUUGAAUCCGCUCAGGUUGAUGGAGAUGAUGCGAGACGAGAUGCGCUGCAUCAAUGUAUCAACGAUUUGCCUGAUGCGAACUACGCCACUAUGAGAGCGCUAGUGCUGCAUUUGCAUCGUGUCAUGCAGAAUGAGGCCCGCACGAGAAUGACUGCGGCGAAUCUGGCUGUGUGCUUGGCUCCUACUCUCAUGGGUGCCCAUCAAGGUCCACACAUCCAAGACGCUUCAUGGCAACAUACUGUAUUGGAAACGAUUUUGAGCAAUGCUACGGCGAUCUUCGAUGAGGAUUAGCUCAGCUUUCUUGCUGGACGCAUUGACGACGAUGAUGAGUGAAGACCGUUUCCAUCCACAACAAUACCGCUCAGGAAAGAUCGAGCUGAUGGCCCGCAAAUUUCAGCUGGGAGAUGCCGCCUCAAGGUUGAGAAGUGCACACAGCAGUGAAUGAUGGCCUGUGGUAUAACUGGCGCACGGCAUGGGCACUCGGCGGGCAUGGCUGACAGUACCUGCCGGGCUGUUGCGAAAUCGGCCGCGAGAAUGACAAGAGUGAUCCAGCGAAUCGAGGUGGAGCGUCCGAAUCGGUUACGGGGACAGCGCGAAAAGUGGUGUAUGGCACGAAUAGGGUGGAUGUGAUGAAUUUGCAUUAUUUCUGUUGCUGCUGCAGUUUCACUUCUUGCAUGUAGAUAUCUAAUGCGGACAAGAGAUUUAUGCUUUGGUCCUC